ACCCCGGGUUACCAUCUCGUCCUUUCCAAUGCGGGACUCGCCGCAGCUGGCGUCUGGCGGAGGUGGGAGUAGCGAGGGUGGCGCGGCCAAGGCGGCGAAGAAGCGGCGGAAGGUCGUGCUGGAGCCCGGACACUCGCAGAUGGAUUGGAUGCGGAGGACGACGUCGGGGGAGGACAUGUCUGGAGCUGGUGGAGAGAUGCGGCGGAUCUCGAUGGCUGAGGUUGCGGACCAUGCCGAGGAGGACGAUGCGUGGAUGGUUGUCUCGGGCACCGUCUACAACAUCACAAAGUACAUCGCUUACCAUCCGGGCGGACGCGACCAACUGCUGCGCGGUGCCGGGCGCGAUGCUACGGAUCUGUUCUUCUCGGUCCAUCCGUGGGUCAACAUCCAAAUGAUGCUCAAGUCAUGCGUCCUCGGUAUUGUGGCCAACGUGCCAUACACGCCCAAGCCCAAGGCCAAGGCUGCUGCCGAGCCAGCAGCAGCUGCUGGUGCAUCGGAUGAUGACUAUGCGGGGUGGCAGCUCUCACAUAUUAGGCCAGUCUCGCACGACACCUCGGUCUUUUGCUUCAUUCCCCCGCCCGGCGAGUUUGAUCCGCUUCCGCUCGGUGCACAUGUCAACACCCGUGCUACUAUUGCCGGCAACGUGGUCGUCCGCCCGUACACCCCGAUCAAUGCGCCGACAUCGGCGACUGGCUUGUCAGAAGGUGGUAUCACGCUCGAGCUCCUUGUUAAGCGCUACCCCGAUGGCCCGAUGUCAAGCUACAUCCACGCGCUAGCCGAGGGGGAGACGCUCGACAUCUCGCGGCCACACAUGCCGUCGGACUUUGCGUGGAAGCCACGGCGGUGGAGUGCAGUCACGCUGUUUGCUGCCGGGACCGGCAUCACGCCUAUCAUCCGGGUCCUGCGCGAGGCGCUGCUCACCGACGGCCUCGACUCGAUCCAUCUUGUGUUUGCUAACUCGACAGCCGCCGACGUGCUCAUGGCCGACGACAUUCUGGCGUUGCAGGCUGAGCACGGGUUUGCACUUGAUUUUGUGCUCUCCACGCCUCCAGCAAGUCCUGCGGCGCUUGCUGCCGAGUCAUACGAGGCCGGUACGGGCAAGGGCGCGAUGGCUGGCCGCCUCAACGCCGAGGCGGUGGCGUCGCUGAUGCGCUCGCCACCCGGCGAUCAUCAUCAUGUCUUUGUGUGCGGACCAUCGUCGUUCAAUGCCUCGAUGUAUUCGUACCUCAUCGAUGUGGUUGGACACGCACCAAAUGCACUCACCCGGUUCGCGCCGACGGUCGACCUCGGCAGCGCGGCGCUGGGCGGUGGGGUGUCGACGCCGGGCUCGCCGCCGCCGCUUUACACCAAGGCCUCGUCAGACCUCCCUCGCUACUCUAUGGAUGAAGUGGCACAGCACGCCAGCGUUGAUGACGCUUGGCUAGUCAUCGACGACUAUGUCUAUGACGUGACGCGGUUCAUCGCCUCGCACCCUGGCGGCGAUGUGAUCAUGCAGGGUGCCGGGCGCGACUCGACCACUCUCUUCCUCAACUCGUUCCACUCGCCGUAUGCGCGGCGACUCCUUGCCAAGUUCCUCAUCGGCCGCGUUGCAUACUAGCCAAUGUCUCAAGAAAGCAAAGAGAUGCUCACCUAGCUAGGUGCGGCAUCGGGCAUGCCGUGGUGAUGGGAACUCCAGAGCCUUCCGAAUUCGCCUCUAUUCGAACACGAACAGCAUGCGGCACGUGGGACCACACAACGCCCUUGGUAGCCCCCUUGCACCCAGCCAACACUUAACUCCCUCCCCC